UGCCUGGGGUGGGGUGGGGAACCGGAAUCGGAAGCGACGCUCGCGGUUCUUAAAUGCUUUUUUACUUGGGAAAGCCAGGCAGGAAAAGGAAAGGUCAUCGUCUGUUUAAUUUCCACCCCCUGGCCCUGGACUUCCAGCCUUAGCUUGCAGGGCCUCAGCUGUUGUACACACACGGUGAGGGGGGAGGGGAAGGGAGGGGAGGGCGGAGGCGCGGAGGAGGGGCCGCAGAGAGGAAUCUGGGCGUCCUGCCGCGCAUGCGCUUUUCGAGAGCAACAAGUGGGCUCCACAGACAGAGGAAGUGUAAAGGGGGGGUGGGGGACUGGUGCAGAGCAUGGCGGUGACGUCAGCGCUCCGCCCGGGCGGCAUCCCGCGCGGCCAAGCCAGGGACAGCGCGAGCCGCAGCCGGAGCCGGAGCGCUGAGACGCGCCUCCGGAACGUAGAGUAACAAUCACAACCCCACAUUCCAGGCGAGCGCGAGCGGGAAGGGAUGCGACCCGGGUGGAGGCGCCGAGCGAGCGCCCUGCAGCCAACGUGAGCGCCGCCAGCUACUGUGGCCCCGGAACUGGCCAGGCCGGGGGGCGGUGGGAGCCUGCGUGCGUGCGCUCCGGUCCUCUGCUCUGGUGCGUCCUGGAAGCGGUGGCCCCGGCGGGUCCCUCCGGCGUGCAAACCCAGCCGCCGCCCGCGGUACCGGGUCGACGCUGCGGAGGGGAGACGCUCCUCUUGGCUGCCACCUCCAUCCCUGCCCCUCCAGGGAAGCAGCGGCUUCAACAAGAUUGGACCCGGGCACCGGGUGGCACAACCCUAUAACCCUCGCCCCGGGGUGCCUGGCGCGGAGAGGACGCAGAUCCUAGGGCGGCCCCCUGAGGAGAGGAAGAGGCAGCCCCCACCGAGCUUUCACGCUCCAGUCACUGGGGAGGGGGCCAAGAGGCAACUGGCGGCGGGCACUGGACGCCCUCGCCCCCUCCCCCCGGGCCCGAAGCUUCCAGCCCUGAUCCGCCGCACCAGGAAGAAGGCGCCUUGAGCUCUUCUCCCGACAAGACAGCCGCAGUAGGAGGUGGGGGCGAGGAGCGUACUGAAUCCGUCGGCCGCCCGGGAGGUGGAGACCCCCGCGGAGAGGCGCUGCGCCGGCUGUGGAGACUCGCGCUCCCUCCAGCCCCUGGGGCAGAACUUUCUCGCCCCUCCCGCCCCCUCCCCCGCAGCCGGACUCCCUCCCCAGCCAGCCAGUCCUCCCGGAGGAGAAGGCGUUGCGGAGACAGCCCAGGCGGCGGCCUUCCUUCCCCAAGGCUGGCAUCAUGUCGGCGGCACAGGUGUCCUCGUCCCGGAGACAGUCUUGCUACCUGUGCGACCUGCCCCGCAUGCCCUGGGCCAUGAUCUGGGACUUCUCGGAACCUGUGUGCCGCGGUUGCGUCAACUACGAGGGUGCCGAUCGCAUAGAAUUCGUGAUCGAGACUGCACGCCAGCUGAAACGGGCGCACGGAUGCUUCCAGGACGGCCGCUCCCCCGGGCCGCCGCCGCCCGUCGGGGUCAAGACAGUGGCCUUGUCGGCUAAGGAGGCGGCGGCGGCGGCGGCGGCUGCGGCCGCGGCCGCGCAGCAACAGCAGCAGCAGCAGCAACAACAACAGCAACAGCAGCAACAGCAGCAGCAACAACAGCUCAACCACGUCGAUGGUUCCAGCAAGCCUGCGGUGUUGGCGGCCCCCUCCGGCCUGGAGCGCUACGGCCUGAGCGCGGCGGCUGCCGCUGCCGCUGCCGCUGCCGCCGCGGUGGAACAACGCAACCGGUUCGAGUAUCCGCCGCCCCCGGUGAGUCUGGGAACCAGCAGCCACGCCGCCCGGCUGCCUAACGGCCUGGGAGGUCCAAACGGCUUCCCCAAGCCAACACCAGAGGAGGGGCCCCCGGAGCUGAACCGCCAGAGUCCCAACUCGUCUUCAGCGGCGACGUCAGUGGCAUCUCGGCGUGGGACACACGGUGGGCUGGUAACCGGGCUGCCCAACCCGGGGGGUGGCGGGGGUCCCCAACUCACGGUGCCCCCCAACCUAUUGCCGCAGACGUUGCUGAACGGCCCAGCCAGCACCGCGGUGCUGCCCCCGCCUCCACCCCACGGCCUGGGGGGCAACCGAGGACCCCCGACUCCUGCGCCUCCGGGGGCUCCUGGGGGGCCCGCCUGUCUCGGGGGUGCCCCGGGGGUGUCAGCCGUGGCGUCCUCGGCGCCGUCUUCGACCUCAUCGUCGGUAGCAGAGGUGGGCGUGGGUGCUGGUGUCAAGAGGCCCGGCUCGGUGUCCAGCACCGACCAGGAGCGUGAGUUGAAGGAGAAGCAGCGCAACGCGGAGGCCUUGGCGGAGCUGAGCGAGAGCCUGCGCAAUCGUGCGGAGGAGUGGGCCAACAAGCCCAAGAUGGUCCGAGACACGCUGCUCACGCUGGCUGGCUGCACGCCCUACGAGGUGCGGUUCAAGAAGGACCACUCGCUGCUGGGUCGCGUCUUCGCCUUCGACGCCGUCUCCAAGCCGGGCAUGGACUACGAGCUGAAGCUGUUCAUUGAGUAUCCCACCGGCUCGGGCAACGUCUACUCCAGCGCGUCCGGAGUGGCCAAGCAGAUGUACCAGGAUUGCAUGAAGGACUUCGGCCGGGGGCUGUCCUCUGGCUUCAAGUACCUGGAGUACGAAAAGAAGCAUGGCUCCGGAGACUGGCGCCUACUUGGUGACCUGCUGCCCGAGGCAGUGCGCUUCUUCAAGGAGGGCGUGCCCGGUGCAGACAUGUUGCCCCAGCCCUACCUGGAUGCCAGCUGUCCCAUGCUGCCCACUGCGCUGGUUAGCCUCAGCCGCGCCCCCAGCGCACCUCCUGGAACCGGGGCCCUGCCGUCCGCUGCGCCCUCGGGUCGGGGUGCAGCGGCCAGCCUGCGGAAGAGGAAGGCGUCCCCCGAACCCCCAGACUCGGCGGAGGGCGCACUGAAGCUCGGCGAGGAACAGCAGAGGCAGCAGUGGAUGGCAAACCAGAGCGAGGCACUGAAGCUCACCAUGUCCGCCGGGGGCUUUGCAGCGCCGGGGCAUGCGGCAGGGGGACCGCCCCCGCCACCCCCACCUCUGGGACCCCAUUCCAACCGGACCACCCCUCCGGAGUCAGCCCCUCAGAAUGGUCCGUCCCCCAUGGCCGCGCUCAUGUCAGUGGCAGACACUCUGGGCACGGCGCACUCGCCCAAGGACGGCAGUUCUGUGCAUUCUACCACUGCAUCAGCGAGGCGAAACAGCAGCAGUCCGGUGUCGCCUGCCUCUGUGCCCGGGCAGCGUCGCUUGGCAUCACGAAAUGGGGACCUGAAUUUACAGGUGGCGCCCCCGCCGCCUAGCGCCCACCCGGGCAUGGACCAAGUGCACCCCCAAAACAUUCCGGAUUCCCCAAUGGCUAACAGCGGACCCCUCUGCUGUACCAUUUGCCACGAACGUUUGGAGGACACGCAUUUUGUUCAGUGCCCAUCCGUCCCUAGCCACAAAUUUUGCUUCCCUUGUUCUAGAGAGAGUAUCAAGGCCCAGGGGGCCACUGGUGAGGUGUAUUGCCCCAGCGGAGAGAAAUGCCCCCUAGUCGGGUCGAACGUACCUUGGGCCUUCAUGCAGGGUGAAAUCGCGACUAUCUUAGCUGGGGAUGUUAAAGUGAAAAAGGAGAGAGACCCUUGAACCACAGGGCAGUCACUUCCUUUGCCCUAGACAAGCUCCUUUUCAAUCCAGAGGGCCCCUCCCCCACCCGCCUCACCUUCUCUUCCCUCACCCCCAAGAUGUAGAAUUGUGAAUAUAACAAACUGCAAAAAGUUAGUCUUAUGUAUAGACAUUAUUUUCGUCGUAUGUUUCUAUAUUUUGAAACAGGUAUGUUAACUUCUUCAUUUGAAGGAUAAGCUGGUUUGUGUUAAGCAGUAUAAUAUUGGUUGGGUCAUUUGCAUCGUAUUCGUGAGCAUUUAUUUGGUGGCAGAGUGUUUGCCUAGGUACAGAAUGAAUAGCCCUUAGCUACGGCUGCUGCUGGUGUGCAUUUUUGUAAAUGUUAUGCACACUCAGAAAGGAAAAACACACAAAAAAGAAAAAGACUUUUUUGUUUUUGUUUUGCCAAGGCCAGUGUUGCUGCCUAAAAAAAAAAAAAAUACUGAUGCUAUAAAAUGGUGAAAGCUUCUUUCUAAACAGCCCCAAGUGUUGAAGUCUUCACUUAAUUUUGUUCCAUUCUGUUUUGUUUUCCUGUUUUGUUUGCAAAAUGGUAAAGGGGGGUGUUGGGAGGGGAUGGGGGUGUUUUUUGUUGCAAGUUUGUGAGGGGGAAAAUGUUUUGGUUUGUUUCUACUGACCUGAAUGUGUUGAUCUUCACGUGUUGUUUUGUUUUGGCUUUAUUGAUGCACGGAUGCUUUUGAACAGUAGAGCGAAAUGCUAGACAUGGAGAACCUGCUCUGUUUGUCCUUUAUACAUUUCUGUAGUUAACAGAACACUGUAAUGUGCCUUGGAGCUUAGUAUCUUGUAAUAAAUUCAAUUGAUAUUAA